AGCACAGACAUGGAUCGACUAGAUGUUGCAGAGACCUUUCAUGGCAUCACUUUCCCUGGACAUCUGCACACACAGGAGACAUUCCAGUAUGCCAUGAGCUUCAAAUUUCAAGAUACAGACACUUUGAUUGUGACAUACCCUAAAUCAGGAACGACAUGGAUGCAGGAGAUGGUCACACUGGUGUCCAGCAAAGGGAACCCAGUCAGGGCUCAGACACAGCCCAACUGGAUGCGUGCCCCCUGGCUGGAGCAGUACUACUGUCCCCAGGUCCUGAAGGCUUCUCAAGGACCUCGUUUUUUGACCACUCAUCUGCCCUACCAACUACUCGCCACUGCUCUUCAGGGCACCAAGACUAAGGUUAUAUAUGUGGCGAGAAAUCCUAAAGAUGUGGUCGUGUCCUAUUACCAUUUCCACAAAAUGGCCAACUUCCUGCCCAACCCAGGCACAUUUUCUGAGUUUCUGAGUGGUUUUGUGAAGGGAACAGUGCAUUAUGGGUCAUGGUUUGAUCAUGUGAAAGGUUGGACCAGUAACUCAGGAAACAUUCACAACUUUCUUUACAUCACAUAUGAAGACAUGUCGCAGGACCUGCGUGGCUCUCUGGAAAGAGUGAGCAGAUUCCUGCAGUGCCCUCUGGUGGAGGAGGAGUUAACCAGCGCCGAGAGGUCCUGCAGCUUCAGCAGCAUGAGAGAAAACUCCAUGGUGAACUACACACUUGUUCCCAAGGAGAUCAUGAACCACAACAAAGGCAAAUUCAUGAGGAAAGGUAAAAUUGGAGACUGGCAGAACAUUUUCUCAGAAGAGCAAAGUUGCAGCUUUGAUGAAGUGUUUGCUUCCGAGAUGAGUGAAUCCUCUCUGGAGUUUGUGUGGAAGAAUCCUGAAGAAACUUCUCUGAACACCUGGACAGACACAGAACACUUGCUUCGCCAUGCAGCAUGAAGAUCACUGUCGUUAACCAUAAUUAGUUUUGUAUUUAUGAUGAAAACAUUAUUUUUAUAUUCCUCUUUUGAUAGCUUGUUUGUUUCACUGUCCCAACAAUGUGCUGUUUCUGUUGAAUGUGUGCGUUUAUGUGUUCUGUGUGAUUUUUGAUAUGAUACUCAUGACUGUGCGUCUGUGUGUGUGUGUGUGUGUACUCAAACUACUAUAUAUGAAUAUGGACUGUUCUAAUGUAUGAUAUUAUGAUAUCUUUACUGUGAAGUUAAAAUAUUUUGAUUAAGAUGAGAUAAGCUAAUAUUUUAAUAAAAAAAAC